AUGAGCGGUGUAGUUAAAACAAAUGUACCUCCUACGGGCGCGAUUUAUUUGUUGAAUAUGACCUACGUCUCGCAGUGCGUCGGGUAUUAUGGGGCUUGGAUUCGUAACAAUACCAUAAGAAAAAUAAAUUGUUUGUCUACUCAUCCUGAUUGGAUGAGCAGAAACAAAGAUUUGUUUGAAAAAAUGACUCUUGGGAAAAUAUUUUUACCGGGAACACACAACUCAGGAUCAUAUGGUAAAGAAAUACCGAGACCACUUCAUUCUAGAUAUACUCGAUGGGAUCGAACCCAUGACUGCUCGGUCAAAGCUCCCUUUACUCUGUCCACCGAAACUUUGCUUUCGCUGCAGGAUCGUGAUGUUUUCGAUCAACUGGUAUCCGGUGCACGUUAUCUAGACAUCAGACCGUGCAUAUCCAAUGGAGACAUAAGAAAAUACUGGGUCUGCCAUGGCCCAAUAUUCAUGCACCCUCUCAAUGGUAUUAUCUACGACAUUAAAGAUUUUAUGACCAACACUCACGAAAUAGUGAUUCUUAGUUUCAGAGAAUUUCCCCGCGAGUAUCUGAAAAACCACUUUGAUGACUUUAUUUGUUUGCCAAUGAUACUUCCAGUAGAAUCGAUCACCCUCGGCAACAUUUGGAAAUCAAACAAACGGCUCAUAUUGAGUUACGACCAUCCUAUGCAACAAACAUCAACUUAUUUGUGGCCAGCGAUAUCUCAAUUUUGGCCUAACGCUAAAACAACAGAUCAGCUCUACAACUCCAUUGACGGAUUUGAAAAUAGAAAGAAAGACCGUUCAUUAUUAAGAUCUAGUACGAAAAUAAUGAGAGUGACGAUGGCCGAAAUGACGCUGGACGCUGAGUCCGUCGUUUCUGAUAGUUUUGCUCAGUUAUUCGGACGAGGGACUGAAUCAUUGUUUCAACUAGGUGUUCAAGUUGGCCCACUUCUGACUGAAUGGUACAAUCAGAAGUAUAAUUCAACUGCUAACAUUGUUGCCGUUGACUUUAUUGACGCCACGGGAAUUGUUGAAGUUGCUAUCGACGCGAAUAAACUUCGCGCCUCUCCAUAUUUUGUUGAUGAUUUCUAUUAUUAUUGA